AUGAGCAUGCGAGCAAUCUUGACAACCAAAUUGUACUUGAUGCAUAUAUUUUUCUGUCAAUUCUUCUCGGAUUGCUUUCUUUUGUCAACUUUGCUGAUUCAAACAAGUCCUUUUAGAUGUACCAAUCUAAAUUGUUUGGAGAACCUGGACGGGUCAGAGGUUAUGCAUCGUUUGUGGAAUCGCGAUCUUGCUGCUGUCCUGAACUUCCGACAUAUACUUAACAAUUUAAGAUAUGAUGGGACUAUACCUGUAAGGUUCACCCGCGUCAUUCGGAUUGGACGUAUCAGAAGACAAGCAGAAGAAGAUCUCCAGGAGGGUCGUCGUUUGAGACAAAGACUGACUAGAAUUCAAAUAAGAUGA